GUUUGGAAUUAAUUCAACUUUUGUAAAGACCAUUGCCGUCCCAACUCCCAGCGGUUUUUUGAGCUCUUUCUUCCCGAAUCUUCUUCGAUCAUAACAAGGAGUCAGCCAUUUGGAGUUAUCCUUCAGUCUAAGAAGGAAAAUUCAUAAUAUUCCACCCUGAAAUUCACUCUUGAUUAUUAGUCAACACUGUCACUCUCUACUCCCAAUCAAAAUUUUUUUUCCAUCUCUUAAAUUCCAUUUGCAGAAGAAUUCAACAUUGAAAGCUUUCCUCUUGGUAAUCAACCUGAGAUCCCAGUUAGUAUCUUUCCGGCUUGUUUGUGCUAGUUUGUUUACUGGAUUAAGGGCUUUAAGUAGUUUCACUAAGAGCCUUGUGUCAACAUUUGGUGCUGAUUCCACUGUUUUCGUCUUCUUUGGAGUUUUGCAGGGGCGGGGUUUUUGUUAAAGUUCCUAUGCUAGUUGAUUAAUUUUAGGAUUGAAUUGGAAUAGGGUUUUGGAACUGUUGUUCAUCUGGGUUGUGAACGGGAUCUGGAGUUAUGGUGGAAUUGGAGGAGCCCCAGAGUCCAGCAAUGGGUAAUUCUCUGAAUUAUGUUUUUAGUUCAUUACAGCAUUUUGAUAUUAUUACCUGGUAAAUAUCAAUUGAACUCUGUGGAUACUAUUAUUCUUUUGCCCCCCUGAAGACUUAUUUUUUGGUUUUUGGGGUUAGGUGGAGUGAUUGGCCUUUCUGGUGUUGUUCUGUCGGGAUGCAUUAUGAAAGAUCAUUGUUUUAUGUGCAUUUAGACCGUGAUUAACUGUUAAUUUGUGGAUGCAAUGAUGACUUCGAUUUGCCAAUGCUUAUUUCCUUCUCUUUUGGUUCGAGUUCUUUCUUAGUUAUGUCACUGUGAUUUUUGCAAUGAAAUUGGCAAACUGAUUUUGGUCUAAAGUUACCUAUGCAUUUCACAAUCUGUUACUUCAACCAGGAAUUUCAUUUGGCCCCUAUUCUGUAAUUCAUUUUCCUGGUUUUGUUAUUAAGCUGAUCAGUUUCUAAGCUCUUAGUAUCCUUGGAUUUCAUGGGGUUGGAAGUUGUUUUUCUGUAUUGCUGUGCUAAAUAGCCAGUCUUUGAUUAUCGAAGUUCAUUAUGCAGAAUGAUUAUGUGGUAGUAGAAGUUCAUUGUGGAACAUGUAAGUGACACUGCUAGCAUAUUUGAGAUUCGUGAAAUGCAAAUAAUAUUAAGAUACUACGCUGACAGUUGUUUCUCCUGUAAUUAUCUGGUUGUUGUGUACUUGAUCUAAAAUGUAUGUGCUGGGUGAAAUACCACGAAAUUGUAAUAUUUGACUCGUUUAUUUCUUUUUGACAGCAAUAAAUAAAAGCUUAACUUUAUCAAUGUGAAAAUGCCUUCAAUCAAAGUACAUUGCUGCUAUAUAAUGGACAAGGAAGAAUGACAAGAAUUCCUUUUAAAAUAUAUUAUAGCUUUCUGUGGUUCAUUACUUGCUGAUAAUUGGGAACACAUGUGUUGCAUGCAUUUUUACUUGUCAUUUUGGUUAUAUAUAUAGAUAGAUAGAUAUUAGCUAAUGUUAAAGGCUGUCAAAAAAGACACAAUUUUUUUUAUUUCUGCCAUGUAGAGUUGAAGAAUGUGUUUGGUAUCAAUUUAUAGAACAUUUUGAAUUCUGGUUUUGUAAUAUCUGUGCUAUUGUUGCCUUUCUUUCUUUCUUCCAUUCUUUUAUUUCCAGUUUUUAGAAGAUACGACUACAUUAAUUUGAUCCCCAUUCUCUCUGCAUUCACAUCCAUGCAUAGUGUACCUGGUUUGCUCUGCUGAAAGAUGCACAGAACUUCCAGAACUUCUUUUGUUCUUCUUGUAGAUCUAGAGCAAAGCUUUGUUCUAUUUGUGUUUUUUGGGGUUGUGUCUGUCCAUCUUUCCUUUUUAUUAAACUGAGAAAUGACAACAACUUCAAUGUAAUGAAGAGGGAGAAUUCGACAGUGAAGUGGUAUCUGAAGGUUCGUCUGUUGUGCGUGGGGACCCUCUCCAAGAUGGUGAUGGACCCCCCAAGGUUGAUUCUGCAAUCGAAGUACUCCAUGAGAAAGUGAAAAAGCAAGUCAUCAAGGAAGGCCAUGGCCAAAAGCCAUCCAAAUACUCAACAUGUUUUUUGCACUACAGAGCAUGGACCGAAAGCACUAAGCACAAGUUUGAAGAUACAUGGCAAGAACAACAACCUUUCGAGUUGAUCUUGGGCAAAGAGAAAAAAGAAAUGACGGGCUUGGCAAUUGGAGUUGCUGGCAUGACAUCUGGUGAGCGUGCCCUGUUGCAUAUUGGUUGGGAGCUGGCUUAUGGAGAAGAAGGAAACUUUUCCUUUCCAAAUGUUCCACCUAAGGCAGAUAUUUUGUACGAAGUCGAGCUGAUUGGUUUUGAUGAGACGAAAGAGGGAAAAUCUCGUGGAGAUAUGACUGUGGAAGAAAGAAUAGGGGCUGCAGAUCGAAGAAAGAUGGAUGGAAAUGCUUUGUUUAAAGAGGAGAAAUUGGAGGAGGCUAUGCAACAGUAUGAAAUGGCAAUUGCAUAUAUGGGAGAUGAUUUUAUGUUUCAAUUGUUCGGCAAAUAUAGAGAUAUGGCUUUGGCAGUUAAAAACCCUUGCCACCUUAACAUGGCAGCUUGCCUAAUAAAGCUCAAACGAUAUGACGAAGCCAUUGGGCAUUGCAGCCUAGUUCUAUCCGAGGAUGAAAACAACGUCAAAGCAUUGUUUAGACGAGGGAAAGCCAGAGCAGAACUUGGGCAGACUGAUGCGGCAAGAGAAGAUUUUCAGAAGGCACGAAAGUUUGCACCUGAAGAUAAAGCAAUUGCAAAAGAAUUACGUCUGCUCGCAGAACAUGACAAAGCUGUUUACCAAAAACAAAAGGAGCUAUAUAAAGGGUUAUUUGGACCAAGACCGGAGCCGAAACAGACGAAGACCAAUAUCCUAGUUUUAAUAUGGCAAUGGCUUGUGUCUUUAUUCCAUCGCCUUUUCAGGCGUGAAAGUCUGAAGUCUGAUUGAAUUUUUUGUGUAUCAAGUCAAUAACACCUGUGAGUGAACCCUUAACCUUUAAUGCUGUGUGAUCUCCAAUACUCUGUACUCCAUACGUGUAAUUCUCAAUUUUUGGUUCAUGUCUAUUUCUUGCCCAUAUGUUAGUGCAGAAUAUACUAAUAAAACAAUUGCAGGAAAGCUUCUCAUCUCAUGUAAAUUCCUCCAACUGUCAGGGUUUCUUGUCAUAGCUGUUAAGUCUUAAGACCGUUCAAAAGUAACACAGGCUGCCUUUCUUUCGGGUUAUUAUUAGUUUAUUCUUUUUGUUCUUCCGCAUGCAUGGAAGAACCGGUGGAUAUGUUGAAAGUAACUGUUGGUAAAAGAAAUGGAUAUACUUGGCACCAGAAAGUAGUUCUGGAUGAUCUAGUUAAUCUUGCAUUCUUUUGGCAAAAAGCCAUAGCCUAAUCAUGUCAGCAUUUCGAUACAUUUGUGCUUUUGUCUCAGCCGUGUGGCUCUUCUCUUGUUUCAUUUCCUGCAAUAAUCGAACUGCUGCUGCUGCUAAUCGAGCUACUGUACUUAGCGGUGAAAAGGAACCAAAUGCAAUCAAUAGAAACAAUCUCAGUGAUAUGACUUCCAUACAAGAAGGCGUAAUGAUGUGUGGACAUUGUCCUCUAUUAUUGAUAUAACACUGACUUUUUUAUUUACAGCAGCGGAAACAACUACCAAGAUUCUACAUACCCUGUUGUGUACAACAUGAAGUUAUACAAGCCCUGGAAGAAAAUAAUUACUAGUAAGAAUAUGAAGAUGAGGUUCUGUCUACCUAAAUCUACCAAGGCAAUUUGGUGAUGGAGGUCCAAGCACAGUAAGCACAAACAAGCUUCUGAGAUAUAUACACAUACAGAGCAAAUGACAAGCACAUAUAUGUCAAAUCUUUCCAAUCACCCUUCUGCUUUGGACUCAGAUUCUCCCUCAAUUCCUUCCCAAACUUGUCUACACUCAUCAUCAUAACCUGAUGAUGACGCAAAGUUGUCUUUUUUACCGUCUUUUCUUCCUUUGCAACUUGAUGAUCCUCUGCAUCUACUGGAUUGCUGGAUGACGAUCCUCUGCUUCGGCAAGAAACGGAGAUGGAAGUUCUGUGAUCAUUCUUUUGUGGGAUUUUUGGGGUUCUUGAAGAACUGGUUUUGGUUUGGAAGCAAUGACAAAUCUGAAUUGCAGCCAUAUGGGGGAAUGGUUAUGAUCCCUUUUUUGUUGACAAGAUAUUUUCAGGAGGUUAUGAGUUCUUCUUGUAAACCUACUAGAUAAGGUGAAUCACACUGUGAGUGCGUUUUAGUAUGAGGUCCAAAUUCAUAGAAAAUUUUGCUGGAUAUUAAGGGGUUAAUUUUGGAUUUUCGGCCUUCUUUUCAAAUAUAAAAUGAAAGAAUUUUUUUUUGUCUAUAAAGUAAGCAUUCCAAAAUCCAAGCUAUGUAUAUACAUAUAAAGUAGGG